AUGGCUGCGACCUUGCUGCAGUAUGGGUGCCGGGGGUGCAUCUUGCUUUUGCUGCAGGAUUUACAGCCUGGUUCCGUGGGUUUUGUCAGGACUGGAGUGAGGACAGCCAGCACAACCAGCAGACAUGCCAGGGACACAGGUGCUCUCCGCUGGUCAGGAGUUGUUGGUCUAGAAAUCCAUGCACAGAUUAAUUCCAACUCAAAACUAUUUUCAAGCUCACGGGUUCAGUUUGCCGCUCCACCUAACUCAACAGUUUCAUUUUUUGAUGCUUCCUUGCCUGGAACUCUGCCAGUUAUUAAUAGGAGAUGUAUUGAAGCAGCAGUGAUGACCGGUCUGGCUUUAAACUGCACUAUAAACAAGAAAUCCCUGUUUGAUCGAAAGCACUACUUCUAUGCGGAUCUCCCUGCUGGAUUUCAAAUUACUCAACAAAGGCUUCCAAUUGCAGUUAAUGGAAACCUCACAUACUGCCAUCAGAUAGGGAAAAGAUGGGAUCAGAUGGUCACAAAAUCUGUAAGAAUUAAACAGGUGCAACUGGAACAGGAUAGUGGCAAAAGUCUACAUGAUGACACUAGGAGACAAACGCUAAUUGACUUGAACAGAGCAGGUGUUGGCCUUAUGGAAAUUGUCAUGGAACCUGAAAUGAGCUGCGGCGAAGAAGCAGCUGCUGCAGUUAGAGAGCUUCAGCUUAUUUUGCAGGCCCUUGGAACAAGCCUUGCCAACAUGUCAGAGGGCCAGAUGAGAGUUGAUGCAAACAUAUCAGUACAUCGACCUGGAGAGCCUCUUGGAGUGAGAGCAGAGGUCAAGAACAUAAACAGUGCUCGUUUUCUGGCAAAAGCCAUUGAUUAUGAGAUUCAUAGACAAAUUGAAAUACUUGAUAAUGGAGGGACCAUUUUAAAUGAAACAAGAGCAUUUGAUUACAAACUUGGGGCUACCAUUCCUAUGAGGGAUAAAGAAGGAAAACAAGAUUACAGGUUUAUGCCAGAACCAAAUCUUCCUCCUCUUAUACUUUAUGACAGACGAUCUUUGCCUGCUAAUAUAGAUCCGAAUCAAGUUGUAAAUAUUGACUUAAUUAAGGAAAGUCUGCCUGAACUUCCCAGUGUCAUCAGAGCAAGGCUUGUGGAACAAUAUGGAUUAUUACCAGAACAUAGCUUUACGCUGGUGAAUGAAGAUGGAUUGCAAGAAUAUUUUCAGGAUGUAGUGAAGAUGACAAGUAUUACACCUAAGAAGAUAAUUGGAUGGGUGAUUAAUGACUUGCUGAGUAUCCUAAAAUUGCAAAAUCUCAGUGUAAAAAACAGUCCUAUCAGUUCCACUUCACUAGCUGAACUUCUGACGCUUUUAGAGAAAGGGACCAUAUCCUCUUCAGCUGCCAAACUGGUGUUCCAGGAACUCUGCAAGGGUGAAGAAACGUCUCCUACAAAGAUUGUUAAUGAAAAGAGCCUUGGACUUCUUAAGGACAGAGUUCAUCUGGAAGAGAUCUGCCAAGGAAUUAUUGAAGAACAUCAAAAUGAGGUCACUGAGAUAAGAAAAGGAAACAUGAAAAUUAUGAAUAAACUUAUUGGCUUGGUUCGAAAAACUACAAAUGGACGAGCAGAUCCUGUAAUUGUGAAAACAAUACUUGAAGAGAAAAUAAUAUCAUAACUUUCCUAUAAAGACCUGAUUGGAUGAGACCAAUUAUUUAGCCGUUUUUGGGGAACUAUCAUUAUUAAGUUUUGAUGAUUUAAUUAAUCUCCCUUGGAUGCCUUUAAAGACAAUAACAAGUCUUAUAUCACUGUUCAUUUUGUGUUGACGUCACUUCUGGGGGUGUGACCUUGCUGGUUUUGUAAUUUCAGAACAGAUGUCUAGUUGAAUAAAUAUUUAUUGUCAUAA